CUGUUCGCCUUUCCUUGGUCUUGCUAUCUGCCGUAGUCAGUCGCCGAUACUGGAACGAACAAAGUAACUCCUUCAAGGUUCAAACCCUGCCCCAUUCUUCUUCUAAUUUCACUUCUUUCAAUAUAAACAAGACAUCACGCAACGGAGAAGACCAAUUCAAGUAUCAGAUAAUUAUUUGCACAUCACACAGAAAUUAAGGAAGAUGGAGGGAAUACAACCCUUAAUUGUGGAAGCGAAUGGCAUUAAAAUGCACGUUGCUGAGAAAGGAGAAGGUCCCGUCGUGUUGUUCCUCCAUGGCUUCCCCGGGCUGCGGUACUCUUGGCGCCACCAGAUACUCUCCCUCAGCUCCCGAGGCUAUCGCGCCGUCGCCCCUGACCUCCGUGGCUACGGCGACACCGGCGCCCCUGUUUCAAUCUCCGCCUACACCAGCUUUCACGUGGUGGGUGACCUUAUUGCCCUUCUCGACUCUAUGGCUGUGGACAAUGUCUUUCUUGUGGCCCAUGAUUGGGGAGCUCUCAUCGGCUGGAAUCUCUGCUUGCUUCGUCCCGACCGAGUCAAGGCUUAUGUCUGCCUCAGUGUCCCCUUUAUUCGUAGAGAUCCUCGAGUGAAGACCCUAGACGGCUUACGUGCCUUAUAUGGAGACGACUACUACAUCUGCCGAUUCCAGGAGCCGGGCAAGAUGGAAGCAGAGAUGGCUGAAGUUGGAACUGAGCAUGUGUUGAAGAACAUCCUCACCACUCGCAAACCGGGACCCCCAAUCUUCCCAAAAGGAGAGUAUGGAGUCGGAUUCAAUCCUAAUACUCCGCAGAACUUGCCGUCCUGGCUCUCUCAACAAGAUCUUGCUUAUUAUGUUUCUAAAUUCGAAAAGACUGGCUUCACAGGAGGCUUGAACUACUACAGAAAUAUCAACCUAAAUUGGGAGCUGACAGCACCCUGGAGCGACGUGCGAGUAAAAGUACCAGUGAAGUUCAUAACGGGUGAGUUAGACAUGGUAUACACUUCAAUGGGGCUUCAGGAUUACAUUCAUGGUGGUGGCUUUAAGGAACUUGUGCCAAAUUUGGAGCAAGUGAUUGUGCAAAAAAAUGUUGGUCACUUCAACAACCAAGAAGCUGCAGAGGAAGUUAGCAGCCACAUUUAUGACUUCAUUAACAAGUUCUGAUCUUCUUCACAGCUUUGUUGAGCUGCUUCGAUGAUAUAUAGAAUUAUAGAUCACUUAUGUCCCAAAUUUUCACUUCAACAUGCAUCUCGUUCAAUUGAAUAAUGAUUUGAAUGGAGCGAAGCUAUAAAAUUGUCAGUUCUUUUAA